AUGGCCGCCGUACAGCAACCAGGCGGUGAUCCGCCCAUAUCUACAGUCUACGUCCGAAACCUUGAAGAGCGCAUAAAGAUUGAGCCGCUUAAAGAAGCGCUCCAUGAGAUUUUCAGCGAUUUCGGCACGAUCAUCGAGAUUGUUGCAAAGACGAGCUUGAAGCGCAAAGGACAGGCAUUCAUCGUGUUCGAGGACCCAGAAGCAGCGGCGGAGGCGAUAAAUGCUGUGCAGGGCUUUGAUCUGUUCGACAAGCCAAUGCAACUGGAGCUGGCGAGGACGAGAAGCGAUGCUACGGUCAAGAGGAUAGGGACAGAGGAGGACUUCGAGGCCCACAAACGUAGGAGGCUCGCUGAGAAAGAUCUCAAACAAGCCCAAGAAGCCACAGAGGCACAAAAGACACGUCCAGCUGGCGGCGCAGAGCCAGGCCAGAAGCCAGCUCGUGGUCCCGCGAAGCCGGCCGGCGGUAUUCCAGACGAGUACCUACCUCCGAACAAAGAUCUCCUUGUCCGGAAUCUGCCAGACGAGUUCGACGGCGAGGCGUUCAAUGGCAUUUUCGAGAAUUUCGAUGGAUUCAAGUCUGCAACUUACGUGGCUGGAAGGAACCUGGGUUUCGUCUAUUUCGAGAGCGAGGCGCAUGCAAUCACGGCGAAGGAGAGGACAGCCAACCUGCCGGUGGGAGAGGAGGGCAAGCCGAUCAUGGUCACGUAUGCAAAGGUGUAG